GGAGGCGCAGGCGGAGGCCAGUGCGGCGGGCAGGCGGGCGGCGGAGCUGCGAGCCGCAGCACUCAGCAGGCAGAUGCAGCUCUCCUCCCGCUCCUCCUCCUCCUCUGCUGCCGCGGCGGUUGAGGCGGCGGAGGUGCGUCAGGACCUGGAGAGCGCGGAGGCGGGCCUGCGGGAGGCGGCGGCGGCGGUGGUGGCCAGCGCGGAGGUGGUGGUGGCCACGUGUACGGCAGCGGGGGACAGCUUGCUGGAUGGCAGGCCCUGGCGCUGUGUGGUGGUGGACGAGGCCAGCCAGGCCACCGCGCCCUCCCUGCUGGUGGCGCUGACCCGCGGGUCGGCCUUCGCGGUCCUGGCGGGCGACCCGCGGCAGCUGCCGCCCACCGUGCUGUCGGAGGAGGCGCUGGGGCUGGGUCUGGACGUGACGCUGUUCGAGAGGGUGGCGGGGGGAGUGGGAGGCGUGUUGCCGCUGCUGCUGGACACACAAUAUCGCAUGCAUCCCGCCAUCUCCGCCUUCCCCUCCGCCUUCUUCUACGGCGGGCGGCUGAAGGACGGAGUGGGGGAGGCGGACAAGCCCGUGCCCAAGGGCUUCCCCUGGCCUCACCCCGCCAAGCCCCUCGCGCUACUGCACGUCACGGGAGGCCGUGAGGAGACCGCGGGAGGGCUCGCGGAGCCGCCCGCCGCCGCCUCCUCCACCUCCACCUCCUCUUCUUCCACAUCCACAUCCCCUGUAGCGUCAUCAAGUGGUGUUGGUUCCGGCAGCGGUGCAGGUGCGGCAGCAGGGGGCAGCAGCGGUGCGGGGGGCAGCAGUGGAGGCGAGCGGUCCUCCUACCGCAACCCCGCUGAGGCGCUGUUGGCGCUGGCGGUGAUCCAGCAGCUGCUGGCGGCAGGUGACGUCAGCAGUGCCGCCAUCCUGACUCCCUACCGCGGCCAGGUUCGGCUGGUCGAGGCGCUCGCCCGGCAGCGGGGCCUGGAUGCGGUGUGGUCCCGGUCCGGUGCGGAGGUGGCGGUGAGCACUGUGGACGGCUACCAGGGGCGGGAGGCGGACGUGGUGGUGUUCUCGGCGGUCAGGUCCAACCCCCGAGGUGCCGUGGGGUUCCUGUCCGACCCCCGCCGCAUGAACGUGGCCAUCACCCGGCCUCGGAGGGGGCUGGUGGUGCUGGGGGACACGGACACGCUGACCCGUGGGUCACGGGACUGGGCCACCUACGUCAAGUGGGCCAGGUCGCAGGGACUGGUAGCGGCCGAUCAGGAUGUGAUUGAUGUGGAGGCGGCGCUCGCAUGCAGCCUACCGCCCGCUGCUGGGGCGGGAAACGAGGACAGCAACAGCGGUGGUGGCAGCGGGAGGGCUGGAAAUCGUGUCAGCAGCAACGGCGGAAAUGGUAAAGUGGUCGGUACCGGUAGUGUCAAAUUAGCGAAGAGCGAGGACAGCAGGAAUGGGAGCAAGGGCAGCGCCGGGAAUGUGCCAGCGGCGGCUGUAGCCGCUGCGGUGUUGGCCAUAGACACUUCAGAACUGGAAGAAGAGGAGGUUUGGGAGGAAGGAAAGGAUAACACGGGCGACGGUGAAAGGAUAACACGGCCAAAGGGUGGAAAGUUAGUGCGAGUGCGUGCGGUGCAGAGACGUGCGGUGCAGCAGCAGCAGCGGGAGCAGCCCGAGGAACAGGACGGGCAGGAGCAAGGCGAGCCGCGCGUGUUGAAGGUGAAGAGGCGGUUGAAAGGCGGCCGAAUGGCUGCCGGUUUCACAUGAGGUGAACUAUCUAAAACGUUUCUCAUAAUCGCGGGUACGGCAGUUGGUUAUGCAGAAGCUGUUGUUAAUGAUGAGUGUGAUGAGGCAUGGGGCAUUCGGACUUCCGUACAACGCGCGGCCAUGCAUGUGUUGUCCCGUGCUUUUCGAUACUUCUUGUAGUACGGUAUGGUUCUGCGGAAUUGUGAGGAAAUGCAGUAUUAUGACAUGCUAUUAAUGCCGUACUAAGCACACUGCUGUACGGCUGGUAAUGGGUAAGGGGGUUUGCAGGAAUUAGGCAGGAGGGUGUUCCUCGGCAUUUAUGUACGCAGGAUGGUGAUCCCAUUUGAAUGAAUAGAAUUGCUUACCGCUACACGUGCCCAAAACUCUAAUUGUAAUAACGAAGGGAU